AGGAUUUUGCACUUGUUUUUUUUCUGGCUUGUGAUCCCGCCACAUUAUUUUUUGGCGCCCGAACAGGGACUGUUGGUGAGUCAGCUGCAGGGCAAUUGGGGUAUUGAAUUGUGUGAUUGAUGGAGAAAGUGAGGAUGGAAGGGUUGAAGGAGAUAGAGAGGCUGAAGGAGGAGCUGAGGUUGGCGAGGGAAGCUAAGGGAAGGCUGGAAGUGGAGAAUGAGAGGUUGAGGGUAGAGUGUGAGGAGCAGAAGAGGGAGUUAGAGGAAAUGAGAGGAAUGUUAAGGAGUGCAAAAGUGGAAAUGAAAGAAGAGGUGAAAGGAGCGGAAGAGAGAAUGGUUGAGAAAAUGGAUGAAAAAUUGGGGGUAAUGAUGAAUGCAGUGCAAGAGAUGAUGCAGGAAAUGAUGAAGGGAUUCGUGGGAGAGGGAGCUGUAGGAGGUAGGCCUAGUGGGUCUUGUGACGGGCCAGGAGUGGUAAAGGAAGGAAAAGAGCGAGUGGAUGAGUGUACGAGUGAAGAAGGGGAUUCGGUUGUAAUAGGUAAGGGAAAGAAAGGGAAGACACAGGACAACGAUAAACCUGAGGACAAGAAUAAGAAAGUGGCUGAGGAAAAGGAGAAGACUAAGGGAAAGAAGGUUAGUAAGGGUGAUGGACAGGAUGAGACUAGGUCAGAAUACAUUGGGAAAAGGGCUGAGAGUGAUUUGGAUAGCGGUGAAUGGAAACAGGUAAGUAGAAAGAAGAAGGGUAAGAAGAGCGUAGCCAGGGGUAUGGACGUGAGUAUGGAAGUGGAUUCGCUGUAUUCGGAAGAGGGAAAGAUGGGUCAGAAUGGAAGUAGCGAAAGUGAGAGUGAGAGUGAGCGGGAAGUACGAAAGGCUGUGUAUGUGAGAGAGGUACCCCGAUGUGCACAAUACGAGGAAUAUGGUAGUAGGGACAUAAGGGACUUUUUUGAGGAAUAUGAGAGGUAUUGUGAGGCAAAGUAUGGGGAUAACAAGAGAGUCUGGGCAAGAGAGUUAGGUAACUUUUUGAUGGGAUUUUUGUUUGAAUAUGUAUAGGGUGAUUAUGAGUGUAGGGAAUGUGCCGUAUCACUCACGUGGACUGGCUGAGGUCAAAUUUAAAACCAUGAAAUUUUCCCGUCUCUGAAGAGCACUACUGCUGACCAUUUCUGCAGGCGCAAAAUCAUCACCAAGAAGAACAAACGUGUUUUGUAAGACAAUUACUUUUUUAACUAGAAGACGGGAUAAAUUUAGGCUAUUGUAAUUUGGUCUCUCUCGCUCCCUGAGUGUACUCUGCUGCCUGCGUCCAUUGUCCCCUGUAUGUUCAAGAAUUGUGAAGCUGGGGAUUGUUCAUUAUGUCUUGCGACCUCUUAUGGUGGAAGUGAUGCGACCUCUUGUGAUGACAAUGACAAAAUUGGAAAGUAGGGUGCAAGAUCAGCAGAAGUCACUAGAAAUAAUGAAUGGUACCAUCGAACAUUUGAAACAAACUCAGGCUGCUGCACCCACUGGACCUGAUUUAUCCCUGCUGGACGGAUUGCUACCAAUACAAAGAUAUGUAGACUUUGAGGACUUUGAACAACAGAUAAAUGGGGACAGUCCCUUAGAAAGUCACUGGUACAUAGACUCUAGAUUCUUGGGGGAGCAACCGUCAGCAGUCAAAACCAUGAUUGACUUCUGCAUGACAAGUGGACUCCAGUAUGAGUUCAACUGGGAAGGUCGUCUUGGCUGGAAGACGAAAACAAAUACAUGCAAGAAAGGGUUCAAGAACACGACAUUGUGUGGAAUUAUAAUAAAUAUUCUGGUGAACAAGACACAAUUAUCAA